AGAAGUUCUCCGCUGCCAUCCCCAGGUCGAUAUUGAUGUAGACGUAGUCACAAAGAAAAUGCGCCUAGUUUCCUCUUCACGUCCUACGCGCCUUCGGGCUGCGGGUUCGGAUCUCCUUCCCAUUUUUGAAAAUAGUGCUACCACAUCUUUCGAAGAGUCCGCGCUCCAGCAGCUUUCCGGUUCUUCUGCUUCCUCCUCCUCGUCUUCUAUUCACACAUCCGUUGCGUCCUCCAAGUCCAAGCGCCG